CAAAAUCAGCUAUUCAAGUUUCAAAAGCUUCAAAACAGGGAAACGGACAUAUAUCCCAAAAGAACGAUUAGACAACUAAAUAGUUAGUGCCAGAAAGUCAUAAAUGACCUGGGGUCGUUAUAGAAGCACUCUAAAUAACAAAAAGAAUCCAUUUACUCAAAAAUGACCUGGAGAAUCAUUAUAUUAUCUUAUCGAUGGUGCGAGAGAUUAAGUUGUUGAUUGUAGCAACAAAUCCAAGAGCAAUUUUGGUUGUGGGUACUGUAUCUCCCAAAUUCUGGAACGCAAUAGUGCGAAGUGAUCCAACAGCGUAUUUGAAUCCUUCAGAACAAGUCAAACUGGAGGCACUACCAAAGGAUAAGGUGCGAAUUCAAGGGGUUCGUAUUGGAUGCAUGAUUUAUUUGACUACAACAACAAUCACAACCGUUUUCCCAAUUAGAUCAGCAUCCAACACAAUUGCUACACCAAUUACAACAGCAGCAAGCACAAUCACUUCCCCAACUUUAGCAACAACAAGCACAACCACUUCUCCAAUUACAAUAGCAAAUAGCACAACUGCUUCGCUAAUUAUACUGGUUGUGGUUGUUUCUGCUGUCGUUGGUAAAGCGGUUGUGCUUGUUGUUGUUGUAACUAGUGAAACAAUUAUGCUUGUUGCUGCUGUAAUUGGGAAAAAAAUUGUGCUUGUUGUUACAGUAAAAUCAAUCACGCGUCCAAUAUGAAACCCUUGCAUUUAUACCUAUAAUUAUGCUUACAGGUAAGUAAAGUGAACAAAUAUAAUGGUCCCAAAAAACUAACAUAAACAGUCUUUUAUAGUUUAUCCUUUGGUAGUGACUCUAGUUUGAGUGGUUUUUCUAAUUCUGAAGGACUCAAAUGCUCUGGUGUAUCACAACAACAAGCACAACCACUUCACCAAUUACAGCAACAAGAAGCACAACUACUUCCCCAAUUACAACAUCUGCUUCUAUAUUGCUUGAUUAGGUACUUGUUGAGAUGACUAAUGGAGGAGUCGACAUGAAUGUCUAAUGUACUGGCCAACUUGAUUCUUUGAUUUUAGAAUUUGAAUGUAUCUAUGAUGUAUGCUUUAUGUCAUUAAAUUAUCAUAGUGUACAUUCAAAUCACUACAUUUACA